AGUUAUGAUCUAACAGACAUUCUAUUUUUCCCGACCAAUAAUGAUAUUCCAAUCAAUCAAACGGGGGCCGUAAUAGGUUAAGGAACCUAAAACUACUCUCUUCUUACCUCGGACACCCGCCAUAUACGAUUAAGUCAUGUUACAGAUUACAUGGACAAACACAACUGUGUAAGUGGGAAAACUAAACAGCACCAAAGCGAAGGGAAACAUCCUCGAACACGUUAUCCAAACUUUCGGUUAUAUCCGUGGAUAUCGGGUAUCAGUGUUGCUGCUACAGACAUGGUCAAUGAUUUUAAGGGACAGACGACGGCGCCUGGGAAGACCCUUGAUGAGGACGAGCGGUAUGGCUGUAGAACUUUCAGGCCAACGUUCUUACAAGCGUUCAAUAGCAUCCGAUGGCACGUGUUUUGGCAGUGUGUGUUUAACUUCUUCGAGGGAUUCGUUGUAAACGGUGUUAUCAACGUCAUCAUUCCGUCCCUGGAGAAACGGUACGAGAUGUCCAGCUCCCGAUCCUCCAUUAUCGCCAGUGCUAAUGAUUUUGGUGCAUUAGUUGUACUCAUUUUCAUCAGCUACUAUGGGGGCCAGAGGAACAAACCGCGUAUCAUGGCAGCAGGAGUGUUUCUCAUGUCAAUAGGGAGUCUUAUAUUCUCUCUACCACAUUUCGUUGGCGACAAAUACACGUAUACCUCAUCAGACGGAUUGAAUGGGACGCAAAAUUUGUGUUUGAAAGACAGCAGUGACGAUAUUACCAAUGUAUGCCAAGGUGAAAUACCGGACAAUUCCGUAUAUGAUGGGUACUACGCAUGCUUUUUGAUUGGACAAGCGUUUCUAGGAAUCGGAGCUGUCCCUAUGUUUACUAUUGGUUUAACCUAUAUUGACGACAACUGUAAACCCAAAAUGACGUCGUUCUUCUUAGGAUGCACGAUGUGUUCAGCAGCCGUUGGCGUCGCCAUUGGAUACAUAGUCGGGGGCCAGACGCUGUCGUACUUCGUAGAUGCAAAUAAAGUGGACCCUUCCUCCGUCCCCCUUACUCCGGCUGAUCCGCAGUGGGUGGGAGCCUGGUGGAUCGGGAUUCUUGUAUCUUUCCUCUCCUUCCUGCUGAUCGGCCUCCCAAUACUUGGAUAUCCAAAACAGCUUCCAGGCUAUACUCAGCUACAGAAACUACGCAAAUUGGAGGCUCACAACGUGGGCGACGACGAGGUGACCACCAGACCAAAUUUUGGAAAAUCCUGGAGAGACUUCCCAAGGUCAUUCGUGUUAUUGAUUAAGAAUCCGGCGUUUCUGUUUGUAUGCCUGGCUUCCACUACAGAAGCUCUCUUUGUAGGUGGACUAGCGACAUUUGGAUCCAAACUACUACAAGAAAUGUAUCAUGUUGAUCUCACUAGUGCCGGGCUUAUAAUGGGCUUAAUAACCAUUCCCGGAUCUGGUGGGGGAAUGUUCCUUGGUGGAUAUCUUGUGAAAAGGUUCCGUUGGGAAUUCAGGGGAAUUGUCCGCUUCUGUGGAACCUGUAUGUUUGUAUGCAUGUUGUUCGCGCCGACAUUCAUUGCAAACUGUCCUAGUCGACCAUUAGCUGGAAUAACCGGAAACUACAAAUAUGAGAGCGUCCAAACUGGACUGUCAGCUGAGUGUAACCAGGACUGUCACUGUACCACCUCGGGAUACGAACCUGUCUGUGAUGGUAACCAUACCGUCUACUUUACGCCCUGUCAUGCCGGUUGUACGACCGUCAACGUCAACGGUGACGCCAAGGAGUACGGCAACUGUAGCUGUAUAUCGGGAGGGACAAAUGCUCAAGAUGAUUUACAGAGAGACGCUAUAGGAGGCUUGUGUGUGGAUCAGUGUCCUUGGUUCUACGUAUUCUGUUUACUCUUAUUGUGUAUCAUGUUGUUCACUUUCAUGACCGUACCUUCCUUAACGACAUCUACCUUUAGAUGUGUUGCGUCACAACAGAGAUCCCUCGCCCUCGGAGUGCAGUUGCUAGUCACUAGACUUUUAGGAACGACGCCUGGACCAAUAUUACUAGGAGCAUUAAUAGACAGCACAUGCUCCGUGUGGCAGGAAACUUGUGGACAAACCGGAUCCUGUUGGACAUAUCGGAAGUCUGAUCUGAGCCUGCGUCUCAUGGCUUGGAUGGCAACACUGAAGAUUAUGGGUGUUAUAUUCACUUUAAUUGCUUACAACAUGUAUAAGUCUCCCGCAGCUGACAAAUUUGACGAAAUUCCGUCUAUCGCUGCAAAUGUUGAUAAAAACAAAAUAAAUCAUUCCACCAAGCUAUAACACCCUGGAGAUAAAUUUGAAUGCCUAGUUAGGAAAGGGAAGGGAAUUAAUCAUUUCUUGUUUUAACUUUGUCUUUUUUACCUCAACCUCAUACACUCAUCAAUAUAAAAUUUAAUAUAAAAUAAAUACAUGUAGUCAAAUGG